GACCAUUACAGCCUUCCAUUAAAGAACGCAGCCUGCGUGCGAACCGCCCACUAUGUUUGCGAUGCUGCGACGGGUUCCAACAAGCCGUAUGACGAAUCUUCUACUGCAAUUUGGUCGCGAUACACAGGUUAUGGAUUCUACACCUAUCAAAGGCGACCAGAAUUUGCUAUUGCAGCAGUCUACCACGCCAGCUUCAAUAGUGCAGGGUUCCCUUUCUUUGUAAUAUCGAAGCGUAGACAAUCCACAACAUGGAUGAGGCUAUAGGUCAACGAUAGCAACGAGCUAAUCGUGCUAAGGGCAAGCCUGGGCGGGUUCAGGGCUAGUACUGCCAUCCAUGCCGGUGUCACGAGCCCCAAGCGUCGGUAGCCCGCGCCAAAUCGAAGAUGUGGAUUCAAGUGCAGGCAGUGUCACAUCUACUGUGUUACAGCCUCCAGGCGGGCCAGCGGCGGCAAGGCCAAUACGUACCACCUCCUUUGCCCAGUUUCAGCUCAAUCUCACGUCACUGACAUCUCGUGGAGAACGUCUGAAGCCGCCGCGCACGCAAACCAAAGUGGAAACAUCAAUUUGGGACUUAGCUUCAACGAGGGCAAAGUCAGACCCAAAUGCUGAAGUUCAGCAGCAAUCGGGCCUACGCAACUUGCGCGCGCGUGUAAAUCAGGACGCCAAGGUGAGCGCCCGGUGUAGCGAAGCGACGUGCCGAACGUUUUGUCUCCAGGUUACCAACAGUCACAGGCUUGUGUGACGCUGCCUGCACAUGCGUUGCACCAUGAUAUAACGCUGCCGAUAAGCUAUUAGGUUCCAUGCCAAAAUUGCACUAUCGCUCUGCGACAGUUCGUAUGCGGACGCUCGGCCGUACGAUCCGCCAAUAUCCGGGGGUGCUGCUGCUGCCGCUGCUGGCGUGGGUGCUGCUGGCAGCCGGCGGCAUCCUGGCAGUGUGGUUCACGGCUGAGCGGGAGGCCAGCCACCGGCGGGAGCUGGCAGGGCAGAUUGCCGUCGACAAGGGUAUGUUCCUGGAGACGGAGCUGGCCAAGGCGUUCCUGCCCGCAUACGUGUGCAGUGUGUACGUGCGGCGGGAUCCGUCCUGGGCGGCCGUGAACCGGAGCUUCGCGCCCACAGCCCUGGAGAUGAUCCGGCUGUCUAACGCAGGUUCAGUGCUCACACUCUCGCUCAUACCCAACGGGGUCAUCUACGCCAUGGUGCCGUUGAAAGGCAGCAGCCCAAGUGACGACCCCAACUGGCGGGCCAUUGGAAAGGACUGGCUGCAGGACAGGUACAACCAAGACAAGGUGCUAGCCGCGCUCCAAACGCGCAACCUCACCAUCAUUGGGCCCUUCAACCUGACGCAGGGCGGCAUCGGCAUGGUGGCAAUGCUGUCCAUCAACAUCCCCGACUCCCCGCCCGACGCGACCUUCGACAUCCCGCCCUACGUGCACGGCGCGCUGGGCGCCUGGCAGACCCCGCCGCGCACCCAGGUCGGACCCAACGUCACCGCCACGCCCUUCGCGCCGUACAUGUACGACAACGCCACACGCAGCCGCUGGUGGGGCCUGACCACUGUGCUCAUCAGCUGGGACAUACUGCGAGACAAGGUGGCGCGGCUGGACGACUUGGAGGCGCUGGGCUACCGCUACCUGCUCAGCCGGCCCGCGGAGGCCGUGGAGCUGGCGGCGGCACGGCCGGACCUGGCGGCCGGCGGGGGAAGCCACAGCCUGGCUGUGGCCUGGAGCGCCUCGCUGCAGCCGGUGGGCGACAACACCACCAACAACCGGGCGCCGCCACCCAGGCCGGGGGCGGCGCGGCCGCUCAUUUACUUCGACCUGGAGCAGCGGCUGUCGGACCCGGUGCAUGUGGGUGUGGUGGUGGAGGGCGCCGCAAUGGACCUGUACCUGGAGCCCAGGAGCGGCCGGUGGGUGCCCGGUAGGUGCGGCGGGGCGGGACCACGGGUCGGGGAGGGCGACUGGCGCAACCCGCUGUUUGCGGCGGUGACGGUGGUGAGUCUACUCGUGGCGCUGCUGCUGUUUGUGAUCAUGGUCGGCCGUCGCUUCCACCUGCGCCUGCUGCACGCCAUGCUGCCCAAGAAGGUCAUUAGCACCUUGCGCCGCGGCGACAUCUUUGCGGAGAGCUUUGAAACGGUCACCAUCUUGUUCAGCGACAUUGUGUCGUACACUGACAUCAGCGCCCAGAUGGCGCCCAUUGAUGUCGUACGCAUGCUGGACGAGCUGUACCGCGGAUUUGACGGCCUGUGUGAGAAGCACAAGCUAUACAAGGUGGAGACCAUCGGAGACGCCUUCAUGGCGGUGGGCGGCGCCCCCGACGCAGAGGCGGCGCCCCUGGCGGCGGCACGUGUGGCGCGGCUGGCCCUGGACAUGGUGGAGCUGACCCGGACCACGGUGCUGUCUGGCGGGCAGGUGGUGCGCAUCCGCGUGGGCCUGCACAGCGGCCCCGUGGUGGCGGCGGUGGUGGGCAGCAAGAUGCCGCGGUACUGCCUGUUCGGGGACACCGUCAACACUGCCAGCAGGAUGGAAUCGCACAGCUCCGCGAUGCGCGUGCACGUGAGCGCCGCCACGGCCGAGCUCCUGCGCCUGGCACCGGAUGGCGCGGGCUUCGAACUGGAGUCGCGUGGAGAGAUCCUGGUCAAGGGAAAGGGCAAGAUGAGCACCUACUGGCUUGUCGGAGCUAACUCGGACGAGACCGAUCGCGAGCUGCGGGGCCGGAGCUCUGGUGGGGUAGCCAGGUCCGGUCUCCUCCUGGACAGCUACGGAACAGGCGCGGACCCAUCCAUCCACUGCAUCGGCCACUCCCCGAGCAGCAGCUCUCCCUUCAUGACUGCAGCAAACGGAGGCGUCACAGGCCCGCCCGCCCCGAUGUUCGCCGCGGCUCUGCUGCUGCCCACAGGGCCGCACACGUCACCGCAGCUGGAGCUGCCGCCCCUCACCACCAGCUCCCCUGCGGUGCUGCCCGCCGGGCGCGCCUCAUCCGGAGACGUAGCGCUCAGCAGCUGUGCGCGUGCACGUGCGCGUGCCGUGGCCUCUCUGUCGGCAGUUGAGCCGGCGGCGGCCCAGGCAGUCGCACAGCAGCAGCGGCUUCAAGCAGAGGCGAUGAGCGGUGCCGCAAACCACAGGAGUGCGGGCGCCGCCGCUGCCGCGGCGGUGGCGGGCGUAGCCGGCGGCGGCAGUUUUCGUCGGUGCAUCAGCGCCAGCCCCAACGCGGCUGCGCUGCAGCUGCUGCCGACGGGGCCUUCUGUACAGGGGCCGCUGGAGGCUGCGGCGCCGCCCGCAGGUGCAGUGGGCAGCGGCGGUGCUGAGGAGGCCACGGCAACCUCGCAGCCCCGAAGGUCUUCAUCCGUGUCUGCGGCGCCCUCACCCAGCACCCGGGCCAAACCACUGCCGCCGGCUCCGCUCGACACCGCCGCGUCCUUCGGUCGGCGUAGCUCCGCCUCCUGUGCCGCUAGCAGCAGCGCGGGUGGCAGCAGCGGUGCAGCUGUGUCGCCACUGCCGCCGCUGCCGCCGCUGCCCUCUCCCCCGGGGCCACGCAGCGGCCUGUCCCCGCACGCGCCCAGUCCGCUGCGCUCCUCAACCAACUCUUCGGGCCAGCAUUACCUCUACAAUGUCCUGCAGGCGCCUCCGGCCGCCGCGGCGGCGCACGGGAAUGCGCGUGCUGCUUCAAGUGCCGCAGCCGGUGGCGGUACCUCGGCCAGGGAGCCGUGAUGUACGAAAGCCAAAUGUACUACAAAAUACAAACUCUAAGAGGUUAAUGCACGCUCACAUUUAUUUAUGGGUCAAACUGUCGAGAUGAGGCAUCCACGCAAAAAGCGAGUGUGCUCAACCGGCGCAUUCUGCAUAGACAUCUUCAUGCAUCUAAGGGCAUAUACACUUCGUGGAGUGGGAAUAGAUCCUAUUGCUGACGCAAGUGGCCCAAGCCACAGACUUUCUUCAUGCAUUCGUAUGCGACUGUACGUGUGAAGGGAUACGUGUUGUGUCCGGCGUUAUUGCUCUGGUCUCUCGUUGGUAGCUACUGGGUGUGAAGGCAGCCAGCCCACAUGUGAUGCAUGUCUACCGUAUCCUACGCAUAUUGGGGGAUAUUAAGUACCACAUACAGUCCGGACCUGACCGGGAGCUCGGGACGGAGCGUGAGCUAAGGACGGGGAAUGGGAAGGACGGACCUGCUGGGUGUUGCGGCGCACGACCUGCAAGCAAGUGCGAUGUGCGUAAAGCCAUUGGAUACUUGUCAUGCUACGCGCGGCAGAUUGCCCCUAGAGCCAGUGGUGUCGUCCGCACUUUGCACGGUUGGUAAUCGUAGACAACUAACGACACUGCUGCCUGGAAGUGUUAUUAGCAAUGUCCGGCGUUCGGAAGAUCCUAAAGGUGUGGAGAAGUGCACCAGUUCCACGCCGGCGGUGACUGGGUGUCAGGUGCAGUGCAGAAAGUGUUAACAAAGUCCGGUGUUGGGGAGAUUCAGAAGUGGAGAAGUGCAGCAGUGACUGGGUGCCAGGUUGCCAGCUGGCGGGGUGUGGGGCGCUUCUCGGUGGGUGGCGGAUGUAUGAGUGCAGUGGGGGUCGGGAACACGACGGCGCUGAUAGCCUGUUGUCCGGGCUUUGCAAGGUUGGUUAUCGUAGACAACUAAUAACACUGCUGGCAGGAAAUGUUAACAAAGUCCGGUGUUGGGGAGAUUCAGAAGUGGAGAAGUGCAGCAGUUCCACGCCGGUGACUGGGUGCCAGGUUGCCAGCUGGCGGGGCGUACGCAGGGCGGCCUUUGAUGGGUGGCGCGUGUAUGAGUGCAGUGGGGGUCGCAAAGACGGCGCGGAUAGCAUGGGGGUCACAACUGGUACAAAUGGUGGUGGUGUACCCUCGAUUUUUCUCGGCACAGUGCACACGUCUGCGCCCCUGAAGCCCGGGUUAAUUCUUGAUCAGUAUGCGGCGGCAAUCGUCAAUCCAGCGGCUCUGCUCUGCUUCCACUGUCACCGUCCCCUGCGUCCGCACGUGUUGUGUGUAGUGCGGUGUUGUGGAAACGAUGGUUUGUCAUGUGCUAGCUAGUCCUUUUACUGUCAGGAUAACGCAGCACAACAAGUGGUAUCAUCGCCUCUUUCUUGGGGGCCCGCUCUUGGGUCUCUGACGCUUCCGCUUCUGGAAUCGCGAAUUCUGCGAUUCUCCCUCUUGCCUAUGGCGCGCAACGGUACCGAGGACGAAGAGCUCCUCGAUUACGACGAGGACUUCGAGACGGUCUCGAAGUCCUCGUCGUAAUCAAGAAGCUCUUCGUCCUCGGUACUCUGCGCAGCAGAGGGCAAGUGCUAAGGAACCAGGAGGUCCAAAGAACGCGCAGCGGUAGCGGAUCAGCACCCGAGGGAGAAUUGCAGAAUUUGCGAUUCCAGAAGCGGAAGCGUCAGAGACCCACGAGCGGGCCCCCAAGAAAGAAGCGAUGAUACCAGUUGUGGUACUGGAAUACCGUUGUGUAUGGAGGUAGUGAGAACUACCGGGUUUGGGAGGCAAGGCCAUGUAAAUAGUCGGUGCC